AUGUCUGAAGAGGAACUCAGCAAAAAGGUCGAGGAAGUGUCAAUCUCAGACUCUGCAAGUGAGGUCGUUUUGGGAGAGGAUGGUCUUCCUCUCUCCAAGAAGGCUUUGAAGAAGCUGGAGAAGGAGAGAGAAAAGGAGAGAAAGAAGGCAGAAACCGCAGCUCGUGUCGCAAAAGAACAGGCAGCUAAAGCGGCUAAGUCGGCUAACGAUCCAGCUAAGGCUAACUAUGGAAAACUACCAUUGAACCAAUCUUCCACCAAAACUGGUAUUCCAAGGGUGAAGUUCCAUACUCUGUCUGCUGCUGACGAUGGAAAAGAAGUCGUAUUCAGAGCACGUGUCCAUACAUCUCGUCAACAAGGUGCCUCCAUUGUGUUCUUAUCGUUCCGUCAACAGUCAGAUUUGAUCCAGGGUCUUUUGAAGGCUGAAGGUGACUCUGUUUCCAAGCAGAUGAUCAAAUGGGCAGGUUCUUUGAAUCUGGAAUCCAUUGUCUUGGUCCAUGGUGUGGUCAGAAAGGUCGACGAAGAGAUCAAGUCGGCUACUGUCAAAGAUGCUGAGAUUUUUAUCACGAAAAUCUUCACGAUUUCGGAGACUCCAGAGCAGCUGCCUCUUCUGAUCGAGGAUGCUUCCAGAUCGCAGGCUGAGGCCGAGGCCUUGAGCUUGCCAGUCGUUAACCUCGACACCAGACUUGAUGCCAGAGUUAUCGACUUGAGAACUGUCACCAACCAGGCAAUCUUCAAGAUCCAGUCUGGUGUUUGUCUGCUUUUCAGAGAGUUCCUGAUUGCCCGUGGCUUUACUGAGAUCCACACCCCAAAGCUGAUUGGUUCUGCUUCUGAAGGAGGAUCCAAUGUGUUUGAGGUUUCUUACUUCAAGACGAAAGCUUACUUGGCCCAAUCUCCUCAGUUCUACAAGCAACAGCUAAUUGCUGCCGACUUCGAGAGAGUGUUUGAAAUUGCUCCUAUUUUCAGAGCUGAGAACUCUUUCACUCACCGUCACAUGACCGAGUUUGUUGGUCUUGAUCUGGAAAUGGCCAUUGAAGAACAUUACGACGAGACUGUUGAUCUGUUGGCUGACCUGUUUGUGUUCAUCUUCAGUCAACUGAAGACCAGAUACGCUAAGGAGAUUGCCGUUGUCCGCAAGCAAUUCCCAGUUGAAGAAUUCAAGGUUCCGGCUUCCGGAGAAAUGGUUAGAAUACCAUUCAAGGAGGGUAUCAAGAUGCUGAGAGAGGCCGGUAAGGAUGUCGAUGACUUUGAGGAUCUCAACACCGAGAACGAGAAGUUUCUCGGAAAGCUGGUGCGUGAGAAGUACGACACCGACUUUUAUAUCUUGGACAAGUUCCCACUAGCUGUGAGACCAGCCUACACUAUGCCUGAUGCCGAGGACCCAAGAUACUCAAAUUCUUAUGACUUUUUCAUGAGAGGAGAGGAGAUUCUUUCUGGUGCUCAGCGUGUUCACGACGCUGAUCUAUUGGUUGAGAGAUUCAAGGCUUUGGACAUCGACCCUACUCAACCAGGUCUUGAUGACUACGUUGAGUCCUUCAGAUACGGCUGUCCUCCUCACGCCGGUGGUGGAAUCGGUCUUGAGCGUGUCGUUAUGUUUUUCUUGGACCUCAAGAACAUUCGUCGUGCCUCGUUGUUCCCACGUGACCCAAAGCGUCUUCAUCCAUAG